AUGACAGGCACCCAGAUCGUGGUAGAAACCCCAGUCACUAAUGUCGAUCUUAAUGAGUUGACGUCCGUUCAUCCAGAAUGGCGAAGCGCGUUCUGGAAUGUAAUCCAUGUUGUAGAGUGGCUGGAGCCGAUGAGGUAUGAUCAUCUGCAGCAUACUACCAACGAGCUUUUGAAGCUGUUAGAUCCUUUGAAGAAACUGAGCCCUGGUGGUGGCGCCUAUGUGAAUGAAGCCCACUAUUUAGAGCCAAAUUGGCAGCAGGCGUAUUAUGGUUCGCAUCAUGGAAAGCUCUUGGCUGUUAAGAAUCACUAUGACCCAACUUAUAUCUUCUAUUGCUUCAAAUGCGUUGGGUGGAGGGGCGAGAAAGAUUAUGAGUUCAAUAGCGAGCAUACAGCAUACCGCCUGCGUGAAUGA